AUGGCUCAUAUAUCGCCUUCUCAAGGCUGGGACAGGUUUCCCACCCCUGACAUAUAUGAACCUAACGGACGGGAACUUUCAAGAGAGUUUGUUCCUUCUGACAACGAAGAUGUUGAGGGUGGGCGACUCGAAUCCAGCGUCAGCAAUCACGCGCGAUCCUUCUCUGGCGAUGUUACUCGAACGAGCACUCCCGUCCCCGACGACGAAGAACACUCAAUUAGCGAGAAAAAGGGCCUACCUCAUGCUAUUGACAUCUAUGACCCGAACCGGCCGAAACUGCCUAUUCGACAGAGACUUCAACACUUCACAUGGGCCUGGUAUACUUUCCCCAUGAGCACUGGUGGUCUCUCCCUGCUCAUAUUCGCACAACCCCAUCAGUUCGCUGGUCUGAAGACUGUGGGUUUGGUUGUGUACAUCAUCAACCUUAUCAUGUUUUCACUCAUCACAAUGACCAUGACUGCUCGCUUCUUACUACACACGGGCGAGCUGGUUCGGUCGCUUACCCACCCAAGGGAAGGCUUCUUCUUCCCAACCUUCUUUCUCUCCAUCGCCACAAUCAUUACAAGUACCCAACGAUACGCCAUACCGGAUGAUCACGUCGUACUGGAAUGGGUCAUACAAGCUGCGUUUUGGGUGUAUGUCGCCUUGACAUCGGUGCUGGCCAUCGGCCAAUACAGCUACGUCUUUGCGGCUCAUAGCCUUAGCCUGCAGAACUUUAUGCCGACCUUGAUCUUGCCAAUCUUCCCCAUCAUGCUCUCAGGAACGAUUGCUUCUGUCAUUGCGGCAACGCAGCCUGAAGUCGCAGCCAUGCCAAUUCUAGUAGCUGGGCUUACAUGCCAAGGCCUUGGAAUGUCAGUGGCCAUACUGAUGUACGCCCAUAUGAUUGGAAGGUUGGUCCAAUCUGGUCUUCCAAACCGAGAGCACCGACCCGGCCUUUUCAUGUGCGUUGGUCCGCCAUCUUUCACUGCCUUGGCCUUGAUCGGCAUGGCGAAUGGUGUUCCCGACAGCGUUGAGGAGCUGGCCAUCGACAAGAGCGUCAUCAAGGUAGUGGCCGUUCUAGUGGCCAUCUCUCUCUGGGCCCUCAGCUUUUGGUGGUUUGGCAUUGCCGUCGUUGCCGUGAUUUCGUCGCCCCCCAAAUACUUUCACCUUGGCUGGUGGGCUAUGGUGUUUCCAAACACUGGCUUUACGCUCGCGACAAUCUCCAUCGCCAAGGAGCUGAUAAGCUCCAGCUUUCAGUGGGUUACCACAGGAAUGAGUGUCUGCAUGCUUGUCAUAUUCAUCUUUGUCUUGUACAACCACGCCCGAGCAGUUGUUGUUCAAGAUAUCAUGUACCCGGGGAGAGACGAGAAUGUAGAGGACCAUUGA